CUUUUUCUCAAAUCUAAGCCUCAACUCUCAAAAGGAGGCCAUUGUUUUCUAGAGUAAAAGACGUAGAAUAUAUUUAGUCAUGUCAGCCUCAGCAGAUUUUAGUAAUCCUUUGAGAAAGUUCAAACUUGUCUUUCUAGGAGAACAAAGUGUUGGCAAAACUUCAUUGAUAACGAGGUUCAUGUAUGAUAGUUUUGAUAACACAUAUCAAGCAACCAUUGGUAUUGAUUUCCUAUCUAAGACUAUGUACCUUGAAGAUAGAACGGUUCGUCUUCAAUUAUGGGAUACAGCUGGACAGGAAAGGUUUCGUAGUUUGAUACCGUCUUAUAUCAGAGACUCAACUGUUGCUGUCGUUGUGUAUGAUAUCACAAAUUCAAACUCGUUCCAACAAGUUAACAAGUGGAUAGAGGACGUGAGGGCAGAGAGGGGGACUGAUGUCAUCAUCAUGCUUGUUGGUAAUAAAACCGACCUACAGGACAAGCGUCAGGUAUCAAUGGACGAGGGAGAAAGGAAAGCUCAAGAGCUAGGAGUAAUGUUCAUAGAAACAUCAGCAAAAGCUGGCUACAAUGUCAAGCAGUUGUUUCGAAGAGUUGCAGCUGCUCUCCCUGGAAUGGAAAAUAAUCAAGAGAAACAGAAUAAAGACGACAUAGUCGAGGUUCGGUUACCAGAGAAUGGAUCUGGAGAGCAGCAAGACGAAAAUAAAUGUUGGUGUUAAAAUUUAUUAGUAAAAAUAUUCACUAACAGAUAUUAUUGUUAUUAUUAUUAUUAUUAUUAUUAUUAUUGCACUUGCUCUAUGAGUUUAUAAAGUACUUUACAAUUACUUUUCUCUCUCAUUCUCUUUUCUCCUUAUUAUUACAAUCAACAUUUUCAAAAGAAUAAA